AUGCUUCGAGCGAGCGCGGCGCGACGAGACGUGCCGACGCCGGUCCUGGGGAGGUUAUCGCUCGCGCGCGUGGCGCUGGUGGCGAUGCGCGUGGAGCCGGAGGUGACGGAGGCGAGCGCGCGGGAGACGCUGCGGCGGGUGGUGGAAUCGACGGUGCGCGCGGAGCUGCGAACGCUGCGAACGGCGUUCGGAGACGCGGCGACGGACGAGGGCGAGGGAUGGCGCGAUGUGCACGUGUUGGGGAUGUCGAGCGAGACGUACGUGUGCGUGACGCCGCGGAAGUACGCGGAGGCGACGAAGAUGGUGUGUCGGGCGACGACGAGCGACGAGAAAAUUAAAGAGGCAAAGAUUCCAGUGCGCGUGACGGAGGUGACGACGUGCGAGGGGAAGGAUCAGAUGGAUGUGUUGCGGAGUUUGGUGCCGACGUUGGUUAUGCAGGCGUUCGGAGAGGUGCCGCACUGGCGUGCGUUCGGGCGCACGGAGUACGGGACGCGGUUCAUGUACGAAGACUUUUUCCCGUCGGUGCCGGGAGGGAUGACGCACGCCUUCGGGGUCGAGAUUGAACACGGAAUCAAAGUCACCAAGGCGCCGGCGACGCUGGCGCAGGACAUCGGUGAAGAUUGUGAAAUUGAGAUUCUGUUUCCAAGCAUCAACGCCGUGGCGCUGCGGCUGCAACGAUUUGGAUCGGUGAUCGACGAAAUGCGACAACACGGAGUGGCGACGGCGAAAAUCAGAUCAUUCAUCGACGGCGCCAAAGUCGUCGAGAUCCACGACACGCCGAUCAUGGCGCAAGCGGCGCCGGAAAUCGGCGUUGAAGUCGGUAUCGUCGCGAUUCGUCGCGAAGUUCCGCGUCCUUGCGGCUUCAAAUCGAUCGCAGAAUUCAGAAUCGCCUUCGAGUCGUCGCUCGGAACGUUUGUGCCCAGACACGCUCACACGGAUGAUUCAGAGGAGGAACUUCUCGCUGAUAUCUGCGUUCCUGGGUGCGAUAAACCUUUCUUAUGGCCCGUGUCUUUGCUUCUCAAAAGCACUGGAGGUACCGAAUUUCCGGCAAGGCAGUCGCAUGUGACGAACGACCACGUGCUGCGAUUUCUCGAAGCCGCGCGACGCGUGAACAUCGUCGACGCCCAUCUUUCCUGGCUCGUCCGACGGAGCACGUUCUUGGCUCGUGAGAGCGCGCCCAAGAGUGGACCUGUCGUCCCAGAUCGUGAUAUCUUCGUCGGCGCCUCGCACAACCGAAGCGGAUGGCCCGCGUUUUCUGCCCGAGCUAACGGGAUGCCAGAUUCGCUCGAGAUGUGGGUCGAUCCUUGGCCGCCGAAUCGUAACGCGUUGCCGGAUAGCAUCUUCUCGCCACACGAUAUGGUCCCACCGAACUUUACGUCUACACCACCAUCCAUUCCACCAACGUUGAAAGCGCCGGGCGAAAGCAGUGAUCUAUUCAUCGGCGAAGAUUUCGACGAUAUCAUUGAUUGCGCGAUGGACUUGUCUCCGUCUCGAAUCGUCGCCAACGCGAGAAAGCGCAUGCGCGUUGAAUCUUCCGGCGACGAAGCGCCUCCAGUGCUCGGGAGCCGCGUGACGCAGGAUGGUAUUCAAAAGUCACAGUUUUACAGCGUGCCAGGAGCUCCACCGAUGAAGAAAAGGACGACGCCGACGGGUCGAGAAAAUCUCAAGAAUCGAAUCGUCGCCGCGUACGGAGUCGACAAUACUGAAGUUUCCAAGCGUUUUCUCGAUGUCUGUCUGCUGAUUGAGGCCGACAAACUUGAUCAAAUUACCGUCUCUCGGCACCAUGCAUUGGAUGCUGCGGUGACUGACGCCCGAAACUUGAUCAAAUCUGUUUUGAAAAAGUAUGAAGACGACGAAAACGGCAAGAAUUUUGUAGAGCGAUGUGGCCUUGUGCUGACGCAGAUCCCGAAGGGGCGGAAGAAAGUGGAACUCAUUGAUUUCUUGCGAAGCGCUUUCGAUCUAAAGAUAAAGACGAAAACAAAGUUAUAA